AUUAAACUACAACUCCCAAACAUUUUAUUUUGUCGCUAAGAGACCAGUUCAUAACAACCUGCUUUAUUGCUGGUAAAGUUCCUUAUAUAGGUUUAGCAGUGUUUUUCUUCAGAUCUGAGCUAUUUAGUUCAAAAUGGCUGGUUUAGGAAUUUAUAAACUGGACAACGGAGAAAGUUUUCCUACGAAUUGUUUCCCGAUAAGGUCAUCUCAUCAAAAUAAAGAAGGAGCAGGGCACUGGUUAACUGUCCACAGAGGCAGUGUGGAGGAUCGAUGCAAGAGCUUAAAGCAUCCAACAUCACUAAAAUGUGUUUGCACCGGACCAUCGGGUCAGUCUGAAUGUAAGAGACCUAGGCAAAAGGCAUCAUCAAAAAGCUCUGGAAACAUUUUAAAUGGAAUGGUUUUGCUGGCUCUGCACAGUGUGGACAAACCAUCAGAUCUCUGCUAUGUGGACAUAAGUGAAAGAAAGCUGAAGUCGGUAACAUUAGAAGGUUUGGAGGAAUUUGACAGUGUUGCUUACAUGAAUGCUUCUGACAACUAUUUAACUCUAGAGGCUUUUAGCAGGUUUCCUGCUCUGAGGGAACUGGAGUUGUCUUUGAACUGCAUCAGCACUGUGAAAGUUAAUGCUGUAGAUUUCCCUAAAUUAGAGGUGCUUGAUCUGUCCUAUAAUAAUUUAUCAAGCGAUAGUAUAUUAGCCAUUGGUCUUUUACAACGAUUAAAGGUGCUUUAUUUGACUGGAAAUGGCCUGCAGACGCUUCCACCUGAUAUGACUGUCCCUAAUAUCCUCCAUGGUGAUCAGGGUCCUGUCUGCAGCUUAUUGUUUCAGACUCUUGAAGUUUUGAUGCUGGAUGAUAAUAAUCUGUCUUCUUGUGUCUUUAGGAGUCUUUCAAAUCUAAAAAGACUUCGGCAUUUAAAUUUAGAGGGAAACUACAUCUCUGAAGUCCCAUACCUCCAGGCGGUGCCAGUGCGACAAGUGCCAGGCUGCUCUGAUUCUCAAGUGAACCAACAGAAGCAUUCCAGUAUAGAAACUGAUAUAGAAUCACCACAGUUGACGGAUGAGGGAGAUUUAUGUCCACCAUUGCCAGAGCUUCGAUAUCUGAAUCUGGCAAACAAUAAGAUCUUUGAAGAAGAGGCAUUGUUGGCUGUGGCAUUGCUUCCUUUCCUCAGCGAGCUUGUUAUCCACUCAAACCCCCUGACUACACAGAGGAGUGGUGACCCACCAAUGUUGACCUGGAUUCUUCAAGACAGACUUGGUAUUAAAAUAAGACGUAAAAAGUUAUUAAAGACUGAUAUUGAUAAACCACGUCUUGUGUUGCCUGUCAACCCUAAAAGAAAGGUAGAAACUAAACUCCCAAAGCUACAGAAGGUUUCUUUGAUCACAAAACCCUUGUGUGCUUCAGAGAUCCCUUCUACAGACAGAAGUAUUAAACAGAAUAAGAGACCUCAGCCAGAUUUCAAGUGCACUGACAUGUUGUUCCCCAGCUCCUCACAAACUAACACUGAGGACGUAAAGAAGGAGAAAGUUGUCACUGCUUCCAGUGUAUCAGACCCUUUAGAAAUGGAAAAAAUCGAAAUUCACAGCAAAAGUCACCAAAAUGAAGAAAUGUUCUUUGUAACAGAGCUUAAUGAUUUGCAUAAACAUGAGUAUCAGGAUAAAACGGAGAAGACAGUGGACAUUACUGAUUUUGCGAGAAAUGACACAAAACAAUAUCUCUUUGGCUAUGAAGUUCUUGAAGAUAAUAAUCUGGAUGUAAACAUGACCAAAUCUAUUGGAAUCCAGCAGACAGUGAGAGCUCUAGAGUUCACACUAAAGAACCUGCUUGUGUACAGAGACUACAAAGUAAAUUCUGAUUGUCUGCAGAGACCAUAUAAAGAACAACCAAAAGGAACAAGGAAAUUGCUUUUUGCAAAACCACAAAAAACAAAAGGAGAAAAAGUAAAAGAAAUUCUGACAGAAAUGAAGGAAAGGAAAACAAUAAGUGAAGUUCCUUUGGAGAAAAUUCUCCCAGCCAAAGAAAUCUCCAAGAAUGAAUAUGAAAAAGCACUGAUAUUACUGAAAGAUAUAAAGAGCAAGUACAAGAUGGUCCAUUUGAAAUCAAUGAAGCAAGCAGCACAACUUAAAUGCAACUGUGGGUAAAGGAGCAAUCGGUGGACAAAUCCACAAAAAUUUAUUAAAACCCUAAUCAGGGAUCAGAAAAUCCACAUCUUUUUACCCUGUAUAUUUUGUGUAUAUGCAAGGCAAAUGAUUUUCUUGUUCUAAUGCAUUAUCCUGUCUAUAGUAAUAAUAGCACAUGGACCUGGUAUGGCAGAUGCCCCACAUUAAUAAAUGUAAAAACAUUUCUGUAA